AGUAACGUAUGGAAACAUUGGACAAUUCUUGCAAGAAAUAUAGCUGAAGAUCAAGAUGAUCAAACAGAAGAGCAAACCGAAGACCAAGUUGAAAACCAGACUGAAACUCGAGCUAAAGAUCAAAUUGAAAAUGAUAAGCCGCAUCCACGUGUAAAAUGCAAAUAUUGCUCAAAAAUCUUUGAACGAGGAAUUGCUACUCGAAUGCAAGCACAUCUUGAUGCUACUUGUUCGGAAGCACCAAGUAAUGCAAAAUCAAAAUCUAAAAUACAAAGAAAUAUAUCAUCAACUAUUAAAACUAGUACAUCUGUACCCCGUAAUUCUAAUGCUUCUCGUGUUCAAAAACGGUUAAAAACUAUACCUAUUAGUAAUUUUGUUGAUAGUAUAAGUGAUAAUGAACAAGAAUCUCUUGAGUUUGAAUUAGCACAAGCAUUAUUCGCAACAGGAACAUCAUUUUCUUUUCUUGAAAAUCCAUAUGUUAUUAAAUUUUUUCAGCACAUCCAUCCCAUAUUUAAAUUACCAAAUCGAAAAAAACUUUCAAAUGAAUUGUUAAAUAAGGUUUAUAAUGAAGUAACUAUAGAAUCUAAUAUACAAAUUUCACAAGUACAAAGUUUAUCUAUGAUUUCUGAUAGUUGGUCUAAUAUUAAUCAGGAAUCUGUACAAAAUUUUAUUAUUUCAACUCAAAUAAUUCAACAAAUGGAAACAAUUAAUAUUGAAAAAUUUUCAGCAGUUACUACAGAUACAGCUAAUGUAAUGAAAGCAGCAUGGUGUAUUAUUGAAGAAAAAUAUUCUAUAAUAGUCUAUAAUGCAACAAAGUUAGUAAAAUAUUUUAAGAAACAUCCACAAGCAAUAGCAAAACUUAAACAAAUUCAACAAGAUAAUUAUAAUAAAGAAAUUGCAUUAGUUUUACCAGUAUUAACAUAUUUAAGAAUUUAUAUGCUAUAUGAUGAAUUUUGGGAAAACUUAAAUUUAAUUGCAAGUAUUUUAAAACCAAUAGUUACUACAUUAAAAUUAUUUGAAUUGGAUAGAUCAAUACUUUUGUCAAUUUAUUCUAAUUUUAAAAAAAUGAUAAAUUCAAUUCAAGAAAUUUCCUGUAAUUUUUCUAAUGAGAUUCAAGAACUUAUAGAAGAGCGAUGGAAUUAUAUUUAUCAUAUUAUUAUGAUAGUUGCAUAUAUGCUUGACCUACAAUUUUUAGAAGAAAGUAGAAUUCAUAACAUAGAACCUAUAGAGUAUAAUGCAUUUACAACAUAUACAAAUCAAAAAUUUGGGCAAGAAAAAUUAGUAGAUAGUCUUAAACAACUUGCAAUAAAAAUUCUCACAAUUCCAAUAUUGUCUGCUACAGCUGAACAAAAUUUUUCUACUUUUGUACAUAAUUUUUCUAAAAAAUUACAAUAUAACAGGAUCGAAACUAUAAUUAAUCAUAAUAAUGAAACUAAUCAAGAAAUUACCAGUAAUUGUGAAGAAAUGGAUAAUGAGGAUAAGGAAGAUCAACAAACUUCACAAUUAAGUAAUUCCCUUUAUUCUGGCAUGGAUUCUUUGAAUUUAUUAUCAUCUCAAGAGAAUAAUAAUAUUUCAAUGAAUGAUGAUUCAACUCGCAUGAAGGACAAGAAAAGAAAAUUAGACAACCAUUUAGAAGAAACAUCCGUUGAAUCCCAAGCCUCAUUACAUGAUUCUGAUACACCAGUUUUAAAAAAAAUUAACACUCAGACUUAUCCAGCUGUAAAUAAAAGUGUCUCACAACCUAAAUUAUCAUCCUUUUCAUUUAAACCAAUGAAUAAAAAAGAUCGUAAAAUUUUGUAUAAAAUUAUGCCUAAAAAGAAUAUUUCUUCCGAUCAUCCGACAAUUCAACAUGAGCCAUUAACGAAUACAUCACCAGCACAAAAAACAUCUAUU